AUGUUGUCUACUGGGCCUCAGUCCAAUCUCUCCAUACCGUCUGAUGUGCUACCGUCCUCGGACAAUAACGACAUUCUAGCCCCCUAUAGGGCUCUACCCAUGGACCUGGCCUCCAUCGAUAAGGCUUUCGAUAGACAUCAGAUCGCACUUAAUGAGCUGAAACGAAGUGUGUGGAAGUUUCUCGGUUACCGAAGACCACGGCGCCUGGCACUAGCUCAGCGAAUCGAGACGGGUCUGACCAUCCUAGGGGGUAUGACGAUGAACAAGGACGAGUUGGUGAUGCUUCAUCGAGUCUCGGCUGAGGUGGGCGGCGAGGAGGAGGGGAGCCACUGUCAGAUAGCGACGAUCGACUGCACUAAAACGCCUCUGCAAAUCUCACCGGUAUAUACCAAAGACGAUACUGAUCUUGAAGAUAUCAGUACUGACUCUAAAGGGCGUAUUUACUUCCUUAGCAAAGACCAUAUUUAUCGUCUGAAUGGUGAACAUGAACCGGUGGAAAUAGUGACAAAUGUUGCGGAUUUGGUGCCCGCCUACAGUCUGGACUACAUCGAGUGCUACGACGGAUACAUCUAUGUCUAUGAACACGUGGAGCAACUGCUAUUAAGAGUGCCUGAGGAAGGGGGUGCUUGUGAGAAGGUCUUCGACUUCGACGAUGCGUGGAAAAUCAGCGCGUUCGACGUCCGAGUUCGCAACGGAGGAGCAGAGAUGCUCAGCUGUAGCAAUGAUAGCAACACUUGUAUACAGUGGAGACGAGCGAAAGAAGAUUCUCCUCGGGCCAUACAAGUGGCUUGUGCGACUCGGUGUCGCUUUCUAGACCACCCUAAAGGAGAUCUGGCCGUUGUUGGUUGUUGCCGGCCUUGCUCUAUACAGAUCAUCGACCUCGUUGAGAACACUCAGCUGUGUUCCGUUCAGUUGCCAGAUGCUCGCAGUGUGUGCUCAGUGCUGGCUAAUACCAGUGCUAGCGAGAUUUACGUCACUGAAUGGCGAGUGAAUCACACUUAUAUGACUCAGUUUUUUAUACACUAUUAUGAUGGAGAUUCUGAAGAGGUUUCUCCUGAGCUUGUCGAAAGUCCUUGUCAAGUUGACGACUAA